AACUAUGCCUUGCGUUGGAAUCAGGAUUCUCAGUGCACCGUCCACGUCCUUUUUAGGAAUGGAGAAACUGACGGGACGCGAUAUAAUAUGUCCUUGUAUGAAGAAAUAAGGAAAUGUACCCACAUUCUGGAGGUCUAUACCAUCAUUGGCUGCAGUGUGAGCGUUCCAACAACUUUAAAAUACACUUAUCCAGGUUGUCAAAACAUCACAAGUUUUCCUAAAGACUACUGCUACAAAUUUGACCCUCCAGAGGCACCAAUGGGGGAUAGGAUGGCCACCAACAUUCGUCUUGCAGAACCUAUGACACCUGCACAGGACUACAGAUUUUUUGCGUUGUUUACCUGGGACCCUCCGGUUUACCCAUAUAAGAACGUAACUGAUUACAGGGUUACAUGGUCCGUGCAAAGUCAACAUUCGGUUUUCAUGUAUAAGGUUCUGGACUCAGUUAAAUCAAACAGUGCGUCAAUAAGUGAUCUUUUGCCAGGGAUGACCUACAAAAUUAAGGUCUACUCCUUUUUUCAAGACAGAAAGCCUGGGUCAGAAUUUAGCGAAGCAUUAUUUACAACUCCGGGUGUUGAUCCAAACAAAGUAAAAGUAACCCAUUUGACCGCUGGUCAGUUCAUCAAGUCUUCAGACGGUAGCAAUUUCAGUGUUCUUAUUUCAUGGGAGAAGCCAAUUUUUAACUACAGUUCGCUUGUUUACAAAUUUAGUUACAAGGUCGACAGCAAAGAUGGCACCGAAGAACUGAGGAGUAAUCAUACAUACUUUAACAUUUCUGGAAUACUGCAUGGUACACUGGUCAGAUAUUGGGUAACGCCGCAUUACUUACACGACUGGAUCAAAGGAGUGCAAGUGUUUCAAAUCAUCACAGCGCCUGUUCCGAGUGAUCGCGACACCGCGAUCAAAAACCUAAAGCUCGGAGAGUUUGUGCGCGAGCUGGGUACCAGCAGAUACUCUGUAAAUGUCACGUGGACAGGACCAGUGUUUAAUUUCACAUUAGUCGCCUACAACAUCGCGUACGAAUUCUCGGGAUAUCAGUUGGACGCACCUACCGUGCGGAUAACUAGGGUAUGA